AAAGCUGUCAAUUUCUUUUCCACUCACGCCAUUCACGGUGCACGUGUAUUAUCCACGAAUUACUGGAUAAAUCCAAAGUAAAAUGGACAAACCAAACGUUCUCGUCCGCGUUGUCAAGGUUUUGGGCCGUACCGGCUCCCAGGGACAAUGUACCCAGGUCAAGGUAGAGUUCAUCGGAGAGACCAGCCGUCAGAUCAUCAGGAACGUGAAGGGACCCGUGCGUGAUGACGAUAUCCUGACCCUCCUCGAGUCUGAGCGUGAAGCUAGGAGACUGCGAUAAGCGGUUGUGGCUGCAGGACAUUAGGUAAAGCUCGUAAUUCGUCGCUAAGUACCAUCUCGUCAUGUAACAUCUAUCCAAAAUAUUAAGUUAACUUUAAGAAACCGUCAAAGAUGAUUGUAUCAUUAUACUCGCACAUAAUAAACAACUUAUUGGUGUAAA